UGGUUCAUUCAUUUAUGAAAACAUUGUCGCAUGAAUCUAAAUUUAAUUAUAUAUUAUAAAUAAAUAACUAUUAAAAUGAUUUAUAAUUUAUUUAUAAGUUUAAAUGUUAUAUAGUGUUAUCGUGUAUAUUAUUUGAUUCUUAAAAUUAAUUAGUCAACAUGUUUAAUUACAAAUAUCUUUCUCGAGAUCACCUCGAAGGUUUCGAUAAUUACAAGUACAUGGCCAUAGAUACUAGUCCACUAAGUGUGUAUGUUAUGCACCCAUUUUGGAAUAAGAUUGUUGAGUUAGUACCUCGCUGGGUGGCGCCCAAUGUUCUAACGUUCGCUGGGUUCCUACUCACUGUGCUGGAUUUUCUGUUGCUCUCGUAUUACGACUACGAUUAUUACGCGGCGACAGCGCCGUUUCAUAACGAAACUGUAUCAGAAGUGCCUCUCAAUGGUCACAUUGAAAAAAUACCACAAUCGCUGUGGUUCGUGCUGGCCGUUUUCCUGUUCCUCGCAUAUACAUUAGAUGGUAUCGACGGUAAACAAGCGAGGCGAACCCAAACCUCGGGACCCCUGGGUGAGCUUUUCGACCAUGGCCUUGACUCGUAUUCCGUGUUCUUCAUACCAGCAUGCCUGUACUCCAUAUUUGGAAGAUUGGAUUACUCUAUAGCACCUAUAAGAAUGUACUACGUUAUGUGGAAUUUACUAUUCAAUUUCUACAUAAGCCACUGGGAGAAAUAUAACACUGGCGUCUUAUUUUUGCCCUGGGGAUACGAUUUCAGUAUGUGGGCUUCCACGCUAUUCUUCCUGUGGACCGGCAUUAAGGGUACCGGUUUCUACAAACGCCAUGUAUUCGGAAGCUAUACAUUGGCCAACAUGUUUGAAAUACUCAUUUACGCAACUGGAGUAUUCACAAAUUUACCUGUCGCUCUCUAUAAUAUAUACAAGUCAUACAAACUUCACACCGGCAAAAUGCGCCCCCUAGGGGAAGCACUGCGGCCAUUGUGGUCAUUUCUAUCUGUGUUCGCUAUCUGCUCAGUGUGGAUGUACAAGUCUGAGCAGCUUCCCGAACUAGAUUUGCGUGUGGUGUUCCUACUUAUAGGCACUCUAUUCAGUAAUAUAGCGUGUCGGUUGAUCGUGAGCCAGAUGAGCUCGACGCGGUGCCCGGCGACCAACUGGCUGACCGCGCCGCUGGUCGCCGCCGUGGCGCUGUCGCUGCUGCAGCCGCGGUUCGAGCGGACUGCGCUCUACGGCCUCACUGGUCUCGCGGUCGUCGCGCACCUGCACUACGGCGCCUGCGUGGUACGUCAGAUGUGUGAUCACUUCAGAAUAAACUGCUUCCACAUUAAGCAGCGCUCAGAUUGACUCUUAGACGACAGUGCGUGCUAGCAAACGUAACAUACAAACAAACACCAUUAUGUACGCCGGCACCGCUACAAACAUAUCCAUCCUAGAAUAUAUCACCUCACAGAUUGCGUAGUUGACCACAGAGUUAUGGGUUAUUUUUUUAAUAAAAAAAAAAGUAACGAAAUGACAAUAGUUUCAAAUAUAUUAAAAUUGAAGUAGAUAGGCACUAUUCUUUGUCUAUGGUAAGCAUAUUAAUAUAUUAUUUUGCAUAUACACUUUCAUAAUUAAUAAUAUAAAGAAUGGAUAUGUAAUUUAUCUAAUUUAAUAUUGCCUUUGAUUAAGUACAUAAUUGUGUGUGUUUUUUUACAAUAUGUUAUGUUUGAUAAAGAUUGUGUACACGGCAAAUUUAAAAAUAGUAUUACUUUUUUUUUAAUAUGUCAUAUUUAUAAUUAAAUGCUCCCCAAAAUUGUUACAGAUUUUAUAGUAAAUUAAGAAGCUAUUUAUCCAAUGCUCAAUCAAAAUAAGGAAGACACGCUGGUGACGUGUCUGAUUACGUCACCAAUUUUGAACUGCUAUGUUAAUUUUACAAUCAAUGGGUUUUUUUCCUUUGAUGGGGAUUUACUUCCAUAUUAGUAGAAACUGCUUGUUGCGAAGCAAACAGCAUCUACAAGCAAUCAAAGGAUUCCGAGUUCCAAAUUCAAAUAUUAUAAAUAUAUCAAUGAAACAUUUUGUCGUCAAUGAUUUUAUUAUUAUUAUUUUAAUCACAUUUUUUAUUCCUUAUUUAUGUCUUAAGAAUCACAAAAUCAUUAACAAUAUGGCGGAAAGACAGUACUGUUCUUAUUUUGAUUGCAUUGUACUUGUUAAAUGGGUAAAUAGAUUGAUUUCUUCAUCAUCAUCGCGUCAAAGAUUUUCAAUUUUACGCCCACAUAUGAGAUUAUACGUUUCGUUCCAACCCUAUCCUCGCUAGUCAACACAAAAUGUAUAUUCUCCACCUCUUUCUAUCAGUAUUGCCACUAUCAAAUAUUUUUCACGUUAAAAUACUCGUAGUUUUAAAUCGAUUUGUGUUCGAAAAUUAACCAAUAUAUUUAUUUAAUGGCACCUUUUUCACAUAUUCUUAUACUUAUAUUAAGUGUACACAUCUUUUUAUAUGAGAUUAUAGCACGCAUUGUCUUAAUAACUUUUAUGUAAAUUAUUUUAUAUCGAUUGAGACUGGCAACAUCUGUACAGACUACCAACGUUCAAACAAUAAAUAAACUUUUUACGCAUAUCUUAAAGAUCAUUUUUAAAAGUUAUCAAUUGGUGAACUAAAUAUUACUUAUUACAAAAUAUUACUUAGUACAAUUAACUUUAUAAGAAAAUAGUAUCUAGAAACUUCAAAACGAAAUGGGGUCGAUUCUUAAGCGCCAUUUUUCUAUCUCUAUCUCUUAAUCUAUUAUUUUAAAUCGAAUGUUUCGUAUAAAUUCUCGUUUAUGAGCCAUAAUAAAUUAAAUCUAUAAUAAUUUUUAAAUCUAUUAGAAAUUGAUUUCAAGUCUAUCCUUGAAAUAAAGAUUUAGAGAAAUGGUCGCUCAAAAUCGAUCCCAAUGGCACCUUCGUUUUAUAUUUAAGGUAAUUACUAUGUAUUGUUUAUAAUUUACUCUUCUCAAUUCAUAGGUCGCCUGGAAAAGAUCGCUUUUAGCAAUAAGGCCGCCCAUUGUAUUCUGUGUAACCAUUUCUUGUAAUUUAUUUUCUAUUAAAUUUACUACUGUAAUCUUUUGGAGAAUACAAUAAAGAACAUCUAUCUAUGUAUUUACAUAACUUUAUUGAUGUUGUGUAAACUAUCUAACUCUAUUGUACUCAUAAAUAUCUAAAAAACUCUUUAUUCUUUAUUGUAUAUUCUAUGUGUUGUAGUAUGAUGGAAGUGACAGCUGUUAUUUUGACAGUUUUUACUAAAAAAAGAAUUGUAUUCAACACCUUAAUAUCGGGGUGAAUACCACUAAAGAAGGUUGUCUUGAAAAGAUUGCUCUCAGCAAUAAGACCGCCUUACUGUACUUAUACAACUGUAUCGUUAUAUUCGUUGUCUUGCUUAUUUCCUAUAUUGUAUAAUGCAAAUAAAGUAUACUUAUUAUAAAGAAAUAUAUUCAUUCAUAAAGAAGACAAAAAAAAAUAUUAGCGUUGAAAUCAAUUUUAUAAAUAUAUUUAAAUUUAAUUAAACUCUCAUUACUAAACGCUGUAUUGAAUGUAUAAAUUAUGUUUUAGUAUUUUUCUUUUUUUGUAUGAUUUUAGUUUUAUGUCACUUGCAUUAUGCUACAAUGUAAUAAAUACAAAGCGAAUAAUUUGUUUUUUGAAUUGACAGUUGAAAAUGUUGCCAGUCUUAAAUUAUAGUUUUUUUUUUUAGUGGUAAGUUAUUAUAGUUAUAAUAAUUGUUUAACUCGAUUAACGCUGCUCCACAUUUUAUUGAUAAGUUUAGAUAUACAUACGAGCGAUUUGUAUAAUUUUCAACAUGUCUGCAAUUCGUUAUUUGUACAAUUAUUAUUGCCAGGUACAAAAUUCUUUAACGUAUACAAAUUCUUACUAAUAUUAUAAAUGUGAAAGUGAGUUUGUUACCUUUUAGUUCCUUAGCGACUCGAGCAAUCGUCAUAAAAUCCGGUAUAUACGUACCAUAUGAGAUGGAUAGUGACAUGGACUAUUAUUUAUCUUGGGCAAGAAAUAUGCCCCGGUCACGUGGACGAAAUCGCGGGUAAAAGAUAGUAUAUAAAAAAUACGCAUAAGUGAUAAUCCCAAUACUAUAGUCAGACUAGCUAUCUCUCGCGACUUCACCCGUGGUCGUAUUGUGAUUUUGAAUAGUCUUGUCUGAGAAAUUACCUACUAAAUGCAAUUUUUUUUAAUCCUACCAGUAGUCCCAAAGAUUAGUGCAUUCAAACAAACAAACUCUUUCACUUUAUUAUAUUAUUAUAAUUACACAUAAAGUACGAAUUGCGAUUUUGUACAAAUUGAUUGUAACAAUUUAAGUAUUAUAAACUUUUAGAAAGCCAAGACUGACAGUUCUGAAGAAAAAUUGAAAAACCUUUUUAAUACUAAGAUAAAGAAGUAUUGCAGUUCGCGCCAAAACAUAAAAAAAAAGAAUCUUAGACAUUUAUCCUAACACAGCAGACUCUAUUGUACUAUGAUAAAUAAUUACUGCGUAAAUCACACAAGGUAUCAACAAAGUUUUUCUUUGUACUGGUUUCUUUCUAUACAUAGAUCUAAUCAUAGAUUCUGUUCUUUGUCUAUGACUGUUAAGCGUGCUUAGAGAAUAAGGUUCUAUUUAUACUUACUGUCUUUUUAAAAAAGCUAAAAUCUACAAAUCUAUUUUGACUAUUGGUGUUUACUUUCUUUUACACAAAUUAAUGCAAUAGAGAAAAAAAUAAACUUUAAACUCAAAUAGGUUCAUUGUUUGAUGAUUUUAAUGUCUUUUAAGACUUUAAACAUGAUAUUAAACAAGUACAUAAUAGUUCUUCAUCUUACGGUUUCUAUAAUAUUAAUAAAUAGCUGUCAAUAAUUCGUCAUGUGUUAUCCACCUACUUAAAUUAAUGGUUGUUCAAUAGUUUACCUAAGAUUUAUUUAUUGGUUUAUUAAUGUUAUUAUUUAUUAAUUUUUAUUAAGUCCCGUGUUAUAACGCGUGGAGUAAACGGCGCUAAAACAAAAUAAUUUUAACAUAAAAUGACUAAAUAUUAUUAAAUAAAGGACUUCUAACAUAAGAUCUAGUAUUGCACGAAACUCGCUUAGUAUUAUUUUUGUUAAUUUUUAUUAGAGCUUAAAAUGUUUAUUAUUAAUUCAGUAUUAUCUUGUAUUAAAAUUAUGAUAAUCACAAAUGUAAAUUACGCUAUAAAAUGACAAAAACUCGAAUGUCCAGAUUCAUUUUGGUCUAUUUAUAAACGUACAUACUAGAAAACGUCGAAAUAUUAAAAGCAUAGCCACAAUAUAUAUUAUAAAGCCGUUGGUAUUGGACUCCACAUCUCUGCUAUCCUGCCCUAAUAUCGUCCGAGUUAUAUCACAGAAGGAAUGAUAUACUCCUAUAUGCCAUUAACAAGCAUUGAUUUUUAAUAUUUUGCAAUUUAUAUAUAAGACAAAAAAGAAAAUAUUUAAAGUCUGUAUUAGUUGCCGAGUGAUUUUUUGUAUUAUAUAAGAAAAGGUUCAUUAGCUUUUAAGUUUUAACGCCAGCCAGUAUUUUUUAUAUAUAUAAAUUUACUGUUUUAUUUUUUAUGAAUUGAAUCAUCACAAUCAAACAUUGGAAUCAUUGUUUACAUUGGGGAUGUGAUCAAUUGUUUUUAAUCCAAGUAUUACUCUAUAUUUAUAAUUGUUUUCUUUUUAAUAUUUUUUUUUAUAUGUACCUACCUGCAUAGCAUAGACAAAUGACUUAUCUGCGGAAGAGUCUCUGUAUGUUCGCAGAGUAAAAAUUUAUUUACUAUUUUGACAGAUAAAAAUGAACGCUAAGACCUAGUCUACAGCCUUAAUUCAUGCAAGUUAUAAUUUUGUGCACAGUACCUGUAUGUACAUAUUAAAUUUGCAUUGACUGAAAUAUUUUUAUUUUUUAUUUAUUUCUUAUUAAACUUUAUUAAUUAAAUAUUUAAAUAUGUUACAUUUCAUGUAUCUCCUAAACAUUGCUAUCCUUAAAUAGGUAUUUAAAUGGAGACUCGUUUAACCGAACUAAAAUCAUUUGAAAAAUAAAAACUUUGGGUUAAAUACCCAUGUAUGAUGAUUUUUUCUUUUACAUUUAUUAACACUAGAAAGACAAGACGCUUGCGACGGGUUAUCUCUUAGGUAGUUUUAUCCUAGUUCCAUCAAAAUAACCAAUGGAUAAAUUCCAUUUUCAUAUUGUGACGAUUUAAGCUGCCGUUUUUCUUCGGGAAGCAAAAAACUGCUUGGCAUGAAACAAAACGUAUCUGUAAUAAACACCUUAUAUAUACAAAAUAUGUAGUUGUAGGGUAUUUACGAAUUACCAAUUACAGAGAAGAUACACUAAUUCGCAAAGAAACGAGCGGGUUGAAAAAACGACAAAACAAUUUGACCCUUAUUCGAACAACGUAUCCAGCUGUCAAGAUGUUAAAUACGUAAUGAGCGUGCACUAAAACUUGACAUGUCAUGCCUAUUGUAUUAUGUAGGUACAAAUUUUAUGAAAUUAAAUCUAUUUUUAUAUGACCAAAGAAUUAAUUACUGCUACUGGAAAUAGUAUUCAUAAUUUCCUAUUCUGUAGAUCUGUUGCACCAAUUAGGUAUAUUUAUUAUCUUCACUCGUGGAAAUAUUUAAAGAAACUUGUUCUUCCUGGAUUUGCCUUCUAUUGUCUAGAACAUUUGUAGCUAGCUUUUACACUGUGACACCUCGUCAUCGCUUCUCACAUUAUAUUUCACGAAAAUAUACACAUAAACUAUA